AUGGAAUUUCAAAAACUACUAAACAAAUUAAAAGAAUUUAAAAGCGGUGUCGAUUAUAUUUGCGUUUUGCCGAUUGUAAUAAGUGAUAAGUAUGAAAGCACUGAGUGUUAUUCUAUUAUCUCGUCCCAAUUAAAAAAAGAGGCUCGCGGAUUAAUGCUAAAUAGUGAUGUCGAAGAUGUCAUUAGUUCCAAACAGCGUGAGGAAAGUCAGAGAAGAAAAGAGCAAAGGAAACAUGACCGGGAAAAACCAGAGAAGGAUAGAAAAGGAUUCGAGGAGAAAAAGAAAGAAGGAGUAAAAUGUACUGAAUUAUCGGAAACUGAACUAAAAAAAAGAAACUUAAAUGCCUUAAAGAGGAUGAAAAUCGAGCAAGAGCAAAUUAAAUUAGAGGCAUUAAACAGCAAACUUCGAAAUUCCACUAAUUCUGCCGAAAAGACAAAAUUAAAAAUUGAAAUUGAAGAAGCAAAAAACCACAUUAAGGAAUUAGAAAACAAAGAUAAAUCAAAAAAUAAUUCUAGCCAAUCUAAUCACCCCAAAGAAGGAUAUGGAAAAAUUAUUCUGGCCGGAACAGUUAUUUUCCUAGUAAUAAUUUUGACCACUGCCUUAAUAAUUAGAAAAAGGAAAGCAAGAAGUAGUUAA